AUGUCUCUCCGCCGAACCCUCCUCCGCCCCCGACUGCCUUCGCUAGGCCGACCCUUCGCCCAAGCCCCACCCAUCAGGAGUCAGUCCACACAUGCGCCCUUCACGUACCGACUGGGCGCCUCUUCCAGCGGCAAGGGCAGCCCCGUAGCCCCUCCGAGCGACAACAACAUAUUCCCUCAGUCUCUGCUGGACCGCGACGAGCCCUACUUCACAUCCGUCGACAAGUUCUCUGGGGAAGAUGCCUUUUUCAUGGCCAGGAUCGCUCGUAGUGACAGACACGUUGUUUUUGGUCUUGCCGAUGGUGUAGGCGGCUGGAGGGACUCGGGCAUUGACCCUGGACGAUUCUCACACGGCCUAUGCAGGUACAUGGCCAUGAAGACGCAUCGCCCAGACGCCGAGCGAGACCUGAAGCCUCGUAACCUGUUGCAGUACGGCUACGAGAACGUCAUGAGUGACAGGAGCAUCCAGGCUGGUGGCUGUACUGCCUGCAUUGGUGCCAUUGACCCGUCUGGCGCUCUGGAAGUCGCCAACCUAGGAGAUUCGGGCUUUCUCAUCCUCGCCCCUGGCAAGGUCUCUUUCAUGUCUCCGGCCCAAACACACGCCUUCAACACACCUUAUCAACUUAGCAAGCUAACCCCACGCAUGCAAGCACAAAAUCGCAUCUUUGGCAACACCGGUCAGAUCUCCGAGACCCCUGCUCAAGCAGACGUUACAUCUCACUCACUGCAGAAUGGUGAGCUCGUCAUCUUGGCGACUGACGGUGUUUUGGACAACCUGUCGGGCAUGGAUAUUCUCAACAUCGUCCAGCCCAUCAUGGAAAAGCGUGGAUACUGGGCCGCCGCGUCCAGAGGAGCCUUCGUGAAGGCCGACAAGCUGCAGGAUCCCAAAGAGAUUGAAGCCCUUUCCAAGCUGCCUUCCGAGAUAGCGUAUUCCAUCAUGCGCAAUGCCAAGAUCGCUGGCAUUGAUACUCGCAGAGAUGGUCCCUUUGCAAAGGAGGUCCACAAGUACUUCCCCAACGAGGAGUAUCAUGGCGGAAAGCCGGACGAUAUCGCCGUUGUUGUCGCUCUUGCUAUCCAAGAUGGCUCCCCUAAAGCAAAGCUUUAG